GAGCUCGCGAUGAAGAAAAGUCCGGGUCUCUUUGAAUAUCUUUGGGCCUGGACCCUCCUUCUGAGCACAUUGACUGAAAGAAGUUCUGGACAACCCUCUUUACAAGAUGAACUUAAAGACAAUACCACUGUCUUCACCCGGAUUUUGGACCGAUUGCUAGAUGGUUAUGACAAUCGGCUCAGACCAGGAUUGGGAGAGCGUGUAACCGAAGUGAAGACUGACAUCUUCGUCACCAGUUUCGGACCCGUUUCAGACCAUGAUAUGGAAUAUACAAUAGAUGUAUUUUUCCGUCAAAGCUGGAAGGAUGAAAGGUUAAAAUUUAAAGGACCCAUGACAGUUCUCCGAUUGAAUAACCUAAUGGCAAGUAAAAUCUGGACUCCGGAUACCUUUUUUCACAAUGGAAAGAAGUCGGUGGCCCACAACAUGACCAUGCCCAACAAACUCUUGCGGAUCACAGAGGAUGGCACUUUGUUGUACACCAUGAGGCUGACAGUUAGAGCUGAAUGCCCAAUGCACUUGGAGGACUUCCCUAUGGAUGCCCAUGCCUGCCCACUAAAAUUUGGAAGCUAUGCUUAUACAAGAGCAGAAGUUGUUUAUGAAUGGACCAGAGAACCAGCACGUUCAGUAGUUGUAGCAGAAGAUGGUUCACGUCUCAACCAGUAUGAUCUUCUUGGGCAAACAGUAGACUCUGGAAUUGUUCAGUCCAGUACAGGAGAAUAUGUUGUUAUGACCACUCACUUCCACUUGAAGAGAAAGAUUGGCUAUUUUGUUAUUCAGACAUACCUGCCAUGCAUAAUGACGGUUAUUCUCUCCCAAGUCUCCUUCUGGCUCAACAGAGAGUCUGUACCAGCCAGAACUGUCUUUGGAGUAACAACUGUACUCACCAUGACAACAUUGAGUAUCAGUGCUAGAAAUUCCCUCCCUAAAGUGGCAUAUGCCACAGCUAUGGACUGGUUUAUUGCAGUGUGCUAUGCCUUUGUGUUCUCAGCUCUGAUUGAAUUUGCAACAGUAAACUAUUUCACCAAACGAGGUUAUGCUUGGGAUGGCAAAAGUGUGGUUCCAGAAAAGCCAAAGAAAGUGAAGGAUCCUCUUAUUAAGAAAAACAACACUUAUGCUCCAACUGCAACAAGCUACACACCUAAUUUGGCCCGAGGUGACCCGGGCUUAGCCACCAUUGCUAAAAGUGCAACCAUAGAACCAAAAGAAGUCAAGCCUGAAACAAAACCACCAGAACCGAAGAAAACCUUUAACAGUGUCAGCAAAAUUGACCGACUGUCAAGAAUAGCCUUCCCGUUGCUAUUUGGAAUCUUUAAUUUAGUCUAUUGGGCUACAUAUUUAAACAGAGAGCCUCAGCUAAAAGCCCCUACUCCACAUCAAUAGGUCCUUUUAGUCACAUUCUGUUGUUCAGUCCUCUGCACUGGGAAUUGCUUUCUGUUUUCAACGCAGCAAUUCCCAUCUGCUUUAUUUCCUCUAUCUUAAAGAAUUUGAAAGUUUCCUUAUUUCCAUAACUCAUGCAAGAACAAGAGACCCCUGUCUGGCAGUCAAGAGCAGAGUAUACUGCUGAGGGACAGGAUUCUGAGAGAGGGAGCAAGAUCUCUUCAGGAGACAAUAAAGAGAGAGGAAAGGAGAGGGAACAAAGUGCAAAGAAAUGAGGAAAAGUAGAAGAAAAAUGAAACUUACUAUAUAACCCCUAGGUCAUUUGUAGAUAUAUAUUUCCAAAUAUUCUUAAAAAAAAAGAUAUUGUAUAUGUCAGAAAUAUUUUUAUGUGAGGGUUUUCAAAGAAUAAAUUAUAAAUGUUUAAUGAAGAAAAAAAUUCUAUGUAUUUCUUGCACAAACUAUGGUGUACGUACCUUUUAUUUCUUUAAAAAGAUGUAUAGCUUUAACAUUUUGUUUGGAAAACUAAAAAAUAUACAUUUUUUCUCUGUUUAAAAUUGCUAAUACCAUCAUUCUGUUGUUAAAUGCUAUUUUAAAAUUCAUGGAAAUUCCAUAUUGCAAAGGUGCAGUGCAUCACCGUGGAGCACAUUUAAUCCAAUGGACAGAAAUGCUUUAAAUAGGCUUCCUUCCUGUCAUCUGAGCUUUUACCACUAGACUCCGUGAAGAAUCGUUUACUACUAGAUUUCAUUGAGGAAUCACAUACAUUCAAUAUAAAGUAAAUAAAGUAAAAUAAAUUUCAAAAAUUAUUAAAAGAUUUCCUUUCCUAUUUCUAGAUUACACAUGGGUCCAAUAAUCACUUGAUUCUUAUGAAGAAGAUGUUUUCAGAGGGGCAAAAAUAUUUUGCAAGCUCUAGAAUUGUUGAAUGUAUUAUUUUAUAUAACAGUACAUUAAAAGCUUUAGACUACAAUUUAUGACUAACAAAAAAUAGAAUCUAUAAAUUAUAUAUGUAAAUAUACAGCAUGAGAUUAUACAUUUUUUUACUUUUUUUUAAAGUUGUGUUCUUAAAAUACUGUGUAGGACUCACCACUUGUAGCUGGUAGAAUGUCUUUAAAUGCUACAGAAAAACAUUUAGAGCCUGCGUUUAAGAACAAAACAGCCCGUAGGUAUAAAAUGGAACUUAAAACACAUGAGCCUAAAGCCACUUACCUAGAGAAAGUUUCUAAUUUCAAACUGGUGUCCAAUGUACAAUAGUAGAUCAGUUGCUAUCUGCUCAAGUUAUGCAGCAUUUCUCUAUUUUAGGCUAUCGUAAUGUAGAAAGGAAAUGGAAAACCAUUAAUUGGAGUUAUAAAAUCAACAUGUAUACUACUGCUCUAUUUGCUGAUACUGUUUCAAUAAGUGUUGUAACAUAUGUAGCAUUAAAUAAAAAAUACAUGGAAGAAUGUACAGAAAAUAGCUUUCUAGUAAUAUUAUUACAUUUCAUUUAUACUGUAGCAAUAUAUUUGUAGGUAUACUAUGUAAGGGCUUUAAAUACAAGAGGUCCAUUAAUACUCCCUCUGAAAAAUUCUCUUUCUUUCAUUACUGCCCAGAUGUUUUAGAGAUAAAUAUUUAUGCAGAAAGUAUUUUUGAAGUCUCCUUUUGUCUGAUAGAGUUUCAAAGAUAUUUAAAUUUAACAUCCAAAUUCCACAGGUCAUGGUCUAAACAUGUAUAGAUUAUUAUGGCAUAAAUCUUUUAGCAUAAUUGCCAAAUAAGACAGUUGGGAUCCAUACCAAAGUUUGAGGAAUGUUUUU